CCCGGCGGAUCCGAAGCCAGCCAAGCUGGUCCCAAGGAGGGAGUGAGGCGCGGGCAGAGGUUGUGGGUAGCUAUGUGCGCGCGCCCGACCUCCCCAGAGGUUGCCCCGAGAGCCGGCGCUCCGGGCUGAAGCGGGGGCGCGCGCAACUUCUGGAGCGCGGGUGGGGGGGUAGCCCUGGGAGCCCAGGAAGGGGCUGCCUCUCGCCGGAAGCUCACCCCGGUUUCCCGAGGCUGCUCCUCCUGCUUCUCGGUGGUCGUGCGGCUGGCGGAGGCCGGUGAGGCUACCGCGUCGCCCGCCAGCUCUCUCGCCGUGGACUAAGCGGCUCCGGGACUAAGCGUUUCCGCUGGUUUCCCCUCGCCGGGAGUCGGUGGCCAUUGAGCGGGACUCGCCACACCCUGUCUCGGGGGACGUCUGCGAGAGACUCUGGCUUUCUUCGCCUUAGGUUGCGAUUUCUGUGGCGCUGCCGAGGGCCUACUACGUGCUCUGUGAGGGGGCUGCUGGGUACAGUCUGCAGCCCCUGAUGAACCCAGGAAACCCUCCACCAUAUUCGGGCCCUGGUCCGACGGCCCCAUACCCACCUUACCCACAACCACCAAUGGGGCCUGGGUCCUACCCUCCAGGGCCUGCGGGUGAACCCUAUCCACCUCCUCAGGGGUACCCUUACCAAGGAUACCCACAGUACGGCUGGCAGGGCGGACCUCAGGAGCCUCCUAAAACUACAGUGUACGUGAUGGAGCGGGAAAGGAAGACGACCGACUCUGGGUGUCAGGCAGUCCUGGCCGCCUGCUGGACUGCUCUCUGCUGCUGCUGCCUCCUGGACAGCUUGGAUUGAGCAGCCAAGACCCAAGUUUUCUGCGUGGCCUCCAAGUGCUCCAGACAGGCCGCUACCUCCUGUUACUGGAAUAAACAACUACUGCUGUACAA